AUGUCCGGUGGUGGAAAAGAUCGUAUUGCGGUUUUCCCGUCGCGUAUGGCGCAAACCUUGAUGAAAACCCGUCUGAAGGGAGCGCAAAAAGGACAUUCGUUGCUCAAAAAGAAGGCCGACGCGUUGAACAUGCGAUUCCGUGAUAUUUUGAAGAAAAUCGUUGAGGUACGGGGGGAUUUUCUGCUGUUCUAUGAAGAAAUAAUGAAGUUUUUGGUUUGCAGAACAAAGUUUUGAUGGGUGAAGUGAUGAAGAAUGCGGCGUUCUCGUUGGCCGAAGCCAAAUUCCACGCUGGCGAUUUUUCGCACACUGUCAUUCAAAAUGUGUCGCAAGCUCAAUAUCGUGUGAGAAUGAAGAAGGAAAAUGUUGUCGGUAAGGCAUUUUUUCUGAAUUUUGGCGAAAAAUCAAAAAUUUCACACAGAAUUUGUUAAUUUUGGCUCACAAGAAGUUUUUUUGCUUGUGAAGAUGAAAGUUAUAGUAAUUCGAGCAUUCUGAAAACGAUCCUGAAGUCUAAAACUCUUGAGAGCACCUCCAAAGAGCUCUAAGCUUUGUGGAAGGGCUCUCAAGAGUUUGACUUUGGAAUCGUUUUCAGAAUGCUCGAAUUAGUAUAGCUCUUAUCUUCACAAGCAAAAACAACUUCUUGUAAGCCAAAAUUAACGAAUUCUAUGUGAAAUUAUUGAUUUUUAGCUGAAAAUGCUUAAUUUUUGAGCGAAAAAUCAAUAAUUUCACACGGAAUUUGUUAAUUUUGGAUUACAAGAUGUUUUUUUGCUUGUGAAGAUGAAAGUUAUAGUAAUUCAUUCUGAAAACGACCCUGAAGUCAAAAACUCUUGAGAGCAUCUCCACGGAGCUCUGAACUUUAUGGAAGGGCUCUCAAGAGUUUUUGACUUCAGAAUCGUUUUCAGAAUGCUCGAAUUACUAUAACUCUCAUCUUCACAAGCAAAAACAACUUUUUGUGAGCCAAAAUUAACGAAUUCCAUGUGAAAUUAUUGGUUUUUCGCUGAAAAUGCUGAAUUUUUGAGAAUGCUGAAUUUUUGAGCUGAAAAUGCUGAAUUUUUGAGCGAAAAAUCGAUAAUUUCACACGGAAUUUGUUAAUUUUGCUUUACAAGAAGUUUUUUUUGGUUGUGAAGAUGAAAGUUAUAGUAAUUCGAUCAUUCUGAAAACGAUUCUAAAGUCAAAAAUUGGCACAGUCUCUUGAGAGCACUUCAAGAGAGCUCACAGGGAGUUAUGACAAUUUUUGACUUCAGAAUCGUUUUCAGAAUGAUCGAAUUACUAUAACUUUCAUCUUGACAAGCAAAAAUUAACGAAUUCUGUGUGAAAUUAUAGAUUUUUAGCUGGAAAACUCCCAUUUUUCAUCCUAAAACCAAAAUGUUUCAGGAGUAUUCUUGCCAGUCUUCGAUGCUUAUACCGAUGGUCCAGACGCUUACGAUCUAACCGGUCUCGGAAAAGGUGGAGCCAACAUCGCGCGUCUCAAGAAAAACUACAACAAAGCCAUCGAGCUGUUGGUCGAAUUGGCCACACUUCAAACAUGUUUCAUCACUUUGGAUGAAGCGAUCAAAGUCACAAAUCGACGUGUGAAUGCCAUCGAACACGUCAUUAUUCCACGUAUCGAGAACACUUUGACCUAUAUUGUCACUGAAUUGGAUGAGAUGGAAAGAGAAGAGUUUUUCAGAAUGAAGAAGAUUCAGGCGAAUAAGAAGAAGUUGAAGGAACAAGAGGCGGCGCAGAGAGCGGUAUGGGAUUUUUUCUAGAUUUUUUGAACAGCUAUUAUCGAAAAUCUCAUCGUUCUCACGCGCUCCACCGAAAUAAACACGCAACGUGUGUUUUUGUUCGAGCGAAGCGAGUGUAAACCGCAAGCUUCCGCGCAGCGGCACUGUCUUCCGCUUUAGCGACCACGCGGAUUACUAUGACCUGGAAACCGUAGGAGUUUCUCCACGUGGCCGCUAAAGCGGGAGACAGUGCCGCUGACGCGGAAGCUCGCGGUUUACACUCGCUUCGCUCGAAAAAAGAUUCAAAUUCCCUCUCUUUUUUGUGUGUGUUGUGGCGCGACGCGGUCUGCGUUGCGUGUUUAUUUCGGUGGAGCGCGAUGAAAUUUUUGAUAAUAAAGAUAGUCUAUCGAGCAUUGCUCAUAUUAACAAUUUUCAGAUUGAUGACGCCGCAGCUGGAAAUACAAAUACCACAAGUGGAAAUUCGUCAUCCGACGCGCCACGCAACAUUUUCUCAAACGAAGACGAUUUGCCCGUCCUCUUCAACUAA